CGACACGGCGACGGCACUCUGGUGGUAAAACGUCGACUUUAUUUUCUUCCCGGGGCCGGGACCGUCUCCUCCAUGGCCCGUCGUCAGCUGGUCGUGCGGCCAUUUUGAGAAUUUUGGUCGGGCAAAAAAAAAAAGGAAAAAUUGUUUUCCUAUCAAUUUUUUUUUUUUGAUUGACCAUUUUGUUUAUGUAUUUCCGUGAUUUUAAUCCUGUUACCGAUUGCCGUAGCCGUUAAUUAAACAAUUAUGAUAGUGACCAAGUGCUUGCGAAUACCGCCGUCGUCCAGCCGAAUCAGCCUCGUCCGACUCUGAGGUAAGCCCAUGAUGGUACAAUAUAGGCUUGAUUAGCCUAGUAAUAAUUACGUAAAGACUAUUUUGAUUAUAAUAUUUCAUAAACUGUGUAUAGCGUACGUUGAACGUUCAGUGACUGGAGUGGAGCAGUGUACGAAAUCAGCUAAACGAAAUUAGUUGAUGACAACUCGUUCAUCGGGAGCCCUGGAAGGUAAAAAAGUGAACGUAAUGGGCAACGCCGCGACGGCUAACAAAAAAGGCGACUCGGCCGAGAGUGUCAAAGAAUUCCUCGAUCAGGCCAAAGAAGACUUCGAGGAAAAGUGGAAAAAGAAUCCCACUAAUACGGCAGCCCUCGAAGACUUUGACCGUAUCAAAACAUUAGGUACUGGAUCAUUUGGUCGGGUAAUGAUUGUACAACACAAGGCUUCCAAGGAAUAUUAUGCCAUGAAAAUACUUGAUAAACAGAAAGUGGUGAAAUUGAAACAGGUAGAACAUACACUGAACGAAAAGAGAAUUUUACAAGCCAUCAGUUUCCCAUUCCUUGUCAGUUUGAAAUAUCACUUCAAGGAUAAUUCCAAUUUAUAUAUGGUGCUUGAAUAUGUGCCAGGUGGUGAAAUGUUCUCUCACCUGCGAAAAGUUGGCCGUUUUAGCGAGCCACAUUCGCGUUUUUACGCGGCUCAAAUAGUGCUAGCAUUUGAGUACUUACAUUAUCUUGAUCUUAUUUACAGAGAUCUCAAGCCAGAAAACUUGCUGAUCGAUUCGCAGGGCUAUUUGAAAGUGACUGAUUUUGGUUUUGCGAAACGCGUCAAAGGGCGAACAUGGACUCUGUGCGGUACGCCUGAAUAUUUGGCGCCUGAAAUUAUAUUAAGCAAGGGAUAUAACAAAGCUGUUGACUGGUGGGCUCUCGGAGUUCUAGUAUAUGAAAUGGCUGCUGGUUAUCCACCCUUCUUUGCCGAUCAACCUAUACAGAUAUACGAGAAAAUUGUCUCUGGUAAAGUACGUUUCCCAUCACACUUUGGUUCUGACCUUAAAGAUCUACUUAGGAACUUGCUUCAAGUGGACUUAACCAAACGGUUUGGCAACUUGAAAAAUGGUGUCAAUGAUAUCAAAGGACAUAAGUGGUUCGCAUCAACAGAUUGGAUCGCUGUGUUCCAAAAGAAAAUCGAAGCACCAUUUAUUCCCAGGUGCAAAGGACCGGGAGACACAAGCAAUUUCGAUGAAUAUGAGGAAGAAGCAUUAAGAAUCUCUUCAACAGAAAAAUGCGCCAAAGAGUUUGCCGAGUUUUAAUAAGGUAUGCAUGUUGUCUAUUUUAUUUAGAAGAAACAUUACAUUAUAAAUGUAUACAUUUAUACAUUUUGUUUUCGCAACCUCAGUACACAAUUAAUAUUAAAAAAAUAGGAGGACCAAACUGUAUAUGAGAAAUUCUGCUUGUAUCAAUAUUAUUAUUAUUAUUUAUAGUAGUUUUUACUAGGACGGCUUCGUUUAGCCAGUGGCGUUCGCAGGAAAUCAUUUUGUUCAACAGUCAGAAAUAUUGUUACAUCAUUAUGUGAAUAUCUACACCAUGCUGAACAAUGGUACGGAACAGAAUACCAUAAAUAUUAUAAUUAUUAUAUUGCGUACAUAUAAAUAUAUUUAUGUAUAUUUAUACAAUAUCAAAAUCUUGUUCUACCUUAGAUAAAAUGCAAUCUUUUUUUUUUUUUUUUAUAUCGAUUGUGCUCUUUUGUUAACUUGUUUACAAUAUCUGAAUUAAUAAUAUAUUUCUUUCAAUUCUCACUUGUUAGAUUUUUGACAAAUUGGGACAUUUAGAGACAUAGAUAAUUAAAAUAUAGAUAUUUGUAAAAUAUAUAUAAAUAUAUAUAUAAUAUAUCUAAUGAUAAAAUAAUAAUAAUAAUUUAAUUCAAAUAUUAUUAGUUAAUACGUAUACUGUAUUAUUAUGAUAUAGUGUAUUCUGACCUCUGCGUACACCACUGCCUAAGUUCUCAAACCUUUUUAUUUACUCAAAAUAAUCAAAAAUGGUUUAAUCAACUAUUAAAAUUAAUAGAACAAUUAUUAUUUAGCCAAUAAUUUAAGUGUAUACGUAAACAAUUUUUCUCAUCAUAAUAUGUAUUAUUUUAUGUUUAAAAAUCGGUGCCAUUUGUAUUGAACGCCAUUUGAACAAUAGGUAUCCGAUUUCAUUGCUUUUAUUAUCUGUUUAUAAAUUUUGAAGAGCUUGUCUAAUAUUAAUUACUGUAUAGUAAUUAUUAUUGUUACUAAUUUUUUUAUUGUUUUUUGGAAAUGGAUAGUUCCUAGUGAAGCCACAUUAUACAUUUUCAAUGUCUAGUAUUGUUUUUUUUUUCUGAUGGUUGUACAUUUUAUUUAUUAUAUUGUUAUACAAAAAAAUAUUUAAUUAUUCUAAUGUUUUCAAAGAUAAAUCAUUAUGUAAAUGCUAAAAUUUAAAAAAUCAAAUUGCAUUUUAAUAUUUUAAUAUAAUACUUUUAUGUUGUUUAGUUGUUCAAAUGUAAAGAUUCUUAAAAAUUGUAAGAAAUAAUUGUUAAUUGUUUGUGUAUAGACCUUAAAAGAUGUUUUUUUUUUUUUUUAAUUUGAAUAUUUUGUAUGUGUUUUAUUUGCAAAUCACUAGGAACUAUUCAUUUUGUAUUCUAUUUUGCCUUUAUUUAUACAUACAUAUGUAUUUAUUUAUAAUUUUGUCUUGAAGUGCAAUGCUAUACUGUGUUAAGUGGUUUUUUUUUUUAGAAUUCACACUGAGAUUAUUCUACAAAAUAUACAAUAAUAAUUAAUAUAAUUAUAAUUAUAAACUAGACUUUAAACAGUUUAAGUUAUUAGAUGUUUUAAUAGGUGUAUUAAAAAAAAAAAAAAAAAAAAAAAAAAAAAUUGUCCCAUUUAAUUAUACCUAUUUAAUAUACAAUGUUAAAUUGGCUUGCCAAAAGUUUUGUGACAGAAUACUAAUACCCAUGUAUGUAUUUUUGUUUAUAUAUAUACUAAGCUCUAACUGAUAUUUCAUUUUUCGUGCGGAGUUCAGGGUAUGUUUCCCGGAGUUAGAAGCAUCUACAUAAAACAACUUGUACUUAAUUUAAAAUUAUAUUUUUCUUUAUCAGUCUUAAAAUGGUGUCAGCUCUUAUGAUUUUUAUGUUAUAAUUUAAACUAAACAUAAUUUUAAUAAUCGCUUUACUUAUCUACUUAUUUAUUAUACACCUACAGUCUUUGUGAUUUUUCCUAAAUUAAUCGUAUGAAUAUUAUUUUAUUUUUUUGUCAUUUUCUAAGAAGCACAAUCUAUGAAAACAUUCUUGUUACCAAUAUUUACCAUGUUUAGAUUAUAAAUGUGUAAUAAUUUAUAACUAGGCUAAACGAGCAUAAAAGAUCCCUAGUCAGUAUUUCAAACAACUAAAUAGUAAUAUUCUUUUACUUUAUUAUUGUUUUAACUUUUAUUUUUCAAUUGUCUAUUUUUAGUCACAAUUGAUGAGUAUUAUUUUUAUGAGUAAAUUAUUAUUAUGUUUUUAUUAUUAUAUUAAUUGUGAUGUUUUUGUUGUGUUUUAACAAAUCAUUAGGCUAUAUGAUAAAAUUUUUAAAUAAUAUUUCUAAUAAUUUAGAUGGCAUUUAAUAUUAGGUAUUGUUUGUGUAUGAAUUUAUGUUGGUUUUAUUUAUAUUUUAUUUUGUAGUGUUCUUUUAGAUCUAUCAUAAUAAUAAUUAUUAUUAUAAUACUAUGCUGUAUAUAUAUUAUAUUUUAUUAAAAUCAUUUAAAAAUAAUUGUAUUGUGGUUUUUAUGUAUAUAUUUGUAUAUUAAUAUAUAAUCAUUUACCAAAAGCAUGGAUAAUAUAAAGGAGAACAAAUUUGAAAUUCAGAACUGGUUAAAACAGGAAUGCUGUAUUUCGUCAUAAAAUAAAAUACGAGAUAAAUAUGUUAUUUUAAAGUUACUGCGUUUACAAUGCAAUGCAAAUUGCCUAAGUUAAGAAACACGUACAGUAAGCAAGUAUGCUAAUCUAUGACAUUUUUAUAAUUUGUUGACAUACUACUGAAACUAGGGUGACAUUGACAAAACAAUGGAUGGAUAAUGCUUAUAAUAAUUAUUGACUUGUAAUAAUAUGUCUAUAUAUAUAUGUAUUUUAUAUAUAAUUUUGUAUAUAUAUAUUUAUAUUAUAUAAUAUAUUAUAAUUCAUAUAUUUAUAUAAUAUUAAGUAUAUAUUUUAAUGUAAUAGUUUUGUAGAUAUAAUUUUAACAAACUAAAAGUUCAAUGUAUAAGAAGCUUAGGAAGCAUAUCACUGCGGCGUCGGCGACCUGGACCGCCUGCAAAAUUGGCUGCUGCCAUGCCCAUUAAAUGUUUUGCUGCUUGUGUGCCUGAAUAACCUCUGCUUAAUCCCAAAUCCAGACCACGUUUAGAACUAAAACACG